AUGCUAGAGACAUACAGGAACCUCACGGCUAUUGGCUACAGUUGGGAAGAUGAUAAUUUUGAAGAUCAUUGUCAAAGUGCUAGAAAACAUGGAAGGUAUGAAAGAAACCAUAAUGAAGAGAAACCCUCUGAAUAUACUCAAUAUGUUAAAGCCUUUGCAUGUUAUAGUCAUCUUCAAAGGCAUGAAAAAAUUCAUUCUGCAGAGAAGCUAUAUGAUGGUAUUCAAUAUGAUGAAGCCUUUGCAGGUACCAGCUGUGUCCAAAUACUUAAAAGAACACAAGCUUCAGAGAAACCCUAUGAAUGUAAUGAAUGUGGUAAAGCCUUUACACUGAGCAAUAGUCUUCAAAUAUAUCAAAGGACACAUACUGGAGAGAAACCUAAUCAAUGUAAUCAAUGUGAUAAAGCUUUUGUGAGUCAUGGUGAGCUUCACAGACAGAAAAAAAUACAUACUGGAGAGAAGCUUUUUGAAUGUAAGCAAUGUGGUAAAACCUUUUUAUAUAUCAGCAGUCUCAAAAAGCACAAAAGAACACAUACUGGAGAGAAACCCUAUGAAUGUAAUGAAUGUGGUAAAGCCUUUACAGUGAGCAGUAUUCUUCGAGAACAUGAAAGGAGACACACUGGAGAGAAACCUUAUCAAUGUAAUCAAUGUGAUAAAGCUUUUCUGCGUCAUUGGGAGCUUCAAAGACAUAAAAGAACACAUACUGGAGAGAAACCCUACACAUGUAAUCAAUGUGGUAAAGCCUUUUUAGAGAACAGUAAUCUUCGAGUACAUCAAAGGGCACAUACUGGAGAGAAACCUUAUCAAUGUAAUCAGUGUGAUAAAGCUUUUGUGAGUCAUAAUGGGCUUCACAGUCAUAAAAGAACCCAUACUGGAGAGAAGCCAUUUGAAUGUAAUCAAUGUGAUAAAGCUUUUUCAAAGCACUCUAAUCUCCAAAAGCACAAAAGAACACAUACUGGAGAGAAACCCUAUGAAUGUAAUCAAUGUGGUAAAGCCUUUUCAUGUAUCAGUAGUCUAAAAAGACAUAAAAUACUUCAUACAGGAGAGAAACCCUAUAAAUGUGAUCAAUGUGAUAAAGCCUUUUCACAUCUCAGUAGUCUAAUAGUACAUAAAAGAACACAUACUGGGGAGAAGCCAUAUGAAUGUAAUCAAUGCGAUAAAGACUUUUCACAAUUCAGUAAUCUACAAAAACAUAAAAGACUUCAUACAGGAGAGAAACCCUAUGAAUGUAAUCAGUGUGGUAAAGUCUUUUCACAACUCAGCAAUCUGAAAAAACAUAAAAGUACACAUACUAGAAAUAAUGGAUAG